UGGCAGAGCGGGAGGGCCCUGGGGGCGCUGGUGGACAGCUGUGCCCCGGGGCUGUGUCCCGACUGGGACUCGUGGAACCCGAACCGCCCGGUGGAGAACGCGCGCGAGGCCAUGCAGCAGGCGGAGGAGUGGCUGGGCAUCCCGCAGGUGAUCACCCCCGAGGAGAUCGUGGACCCCAACGUGGACGAGCACUCUGUCAUGACCUACCUGUCGCAGUUCCCCAAGGCCAAGCUCAAACCGGGGGCCCCCCUGCGCCCCAAACUCAACCCCAAGAAGGCCCGGGCCUAUGGGCCAGGGAUCGAGCCCACCGGGAACGUGGUGCAGCAGCGCGCCGAGUUCACGGUGGAGACGAUCAGCGCGGGCCAGGGCGAGGUGCUGGUCUACGUGGAGGAUCCCGACGGGCACCGCGAGGAGGCCAAGGUGGUCGCCAACAACGACAAGAACCGAACGUUCUCCGUGUCCUACGUGCCCAAAGUCACCGGCGUGCACAAGGUGACGGUGCUGUUCGCGGGCCAGCACAUCGCCAAGAGCCCCUUCGAGGUGCAGGUCGGGCGCGCGGCCGGCGACGCCUCGCGGGUGACGGCGGCGGGGCCGGGGCUGGAGCCCAGCGGGAACGUGGUGAACCGGAGCACGCACUUCGACAUCUGCACCGCCGGCGCGGGCCCGGGGGAGGUGGGGGUCUCCAUCGUGGACCCCAGCGGGCGCCGCGGGACCCCCGAGGCCGUGCUGGAGGACCGUGGGUCUGGGGGCUUCCGCUGCUGCUACAAACCACAGAGCGAGGGUCCGCACCUGGUGCACGUCACCUUCGGGGGGGCGCCCAUCCCCCGCAGCCCCUUCAGCGUCACCGUGGGCCAGGCCUGCAGCCCCGGGGCAGUGCGGGCCGAGGGCCGGGGGCUGCAGCCCAAGGGGCUCCGCGUGAACGAGGUCGCCGAUUUCAAGGUGCACACCAAGGGCGGCGGCAGCGGCGACCUCAAGGUCACCGUCAAGGGACCCAGUGAGUGCGGGGGGGGGGGCCGGAAUUUGGGGAGGGGUCUCUGA